AUCGCGUCUCUGAAGACCCAACCCAACCCAACAGGAAGACAACAGAUUUUUCAAUAGGAUGCAAAUUUGCGACCGUCAACGCUAAUUACAGACGUUAAAUUCGCCCAGAGGCGAACAGAUAAAUAAAAUGCCGUUAUUUGAUGGCUUGGGAAGUGGAGGAGAGAAGACUGCUAUCGUCAUUGAUUUAGGAGCAGCAUACACAAAAUGUGGCUUUGCAGGGGAAACGGGGCCCAGGUUCAUAAUUCCGAGCGAGAUCCGGAAACCAGGACAGCAACAGGCCGUCAAAGUGGUUCAGUACAACAUCAACACAGAAGAGCUUUAUGUCAUACUCAAAGAGUUUAUCCAUAUACUGUACUUCAGACACCUGCUGGUGAACCCUCGCGACAGAAGAGUGGUCAUCAUCGAGUCCAUCCUCUGCCCGUCUCACUUCAGGGAGACUCUCACGAAGGUUUUCUUCAUGCAGUUUGAGGUGCCCUCUGUGCUGUUUGCCCCAAGUCAUCUCAUGGCCAUCAUGACUUUAGGCAUCAACUCUGCCCUGGUGAUGGACUGUGGUCACACAGAGACACUGGUGCUGCCUGUUUAUGAGUGCACUCCCAUUCUGCCAGCUUGGGAGGCUUUGCCUUUGGGAGGUAAAGCCAUCCACAAAGAACUAGAUGGACUUCUUGUGGAACAGUGCACUGUGGACACAGAUACUACCACUGGGCAGAGCGUACCAGCUGUCAUUGGGACCAUCCCGGAGGAGACUGUGGAGGACAUUAAGGUCAGAACAUGCUUUGUCAGUGACCUGCAGAGAGGCCUCAAGAUCCAAGAAGCCAAAUUUAACCUGGACGGUACAGCAGAGCGUCCAGCCCCUCCUCCAGAUGUUGAUUAUCCUCUGGAUGGGGAGAAAAUCCUGCAUGUCAAAGGAUCAAUCAGGGACUCUGUGAUGGAGAUCCUGUUUGAACAGGACAAUGAGGAGAAGAGCGUGGCCUCUCUGAUACUUGACGCUCUGGUCAAGUGCCCCAUUGACACCCGUAAAGUGCUCUCCGAGAACCUGGUGGUGAUCGGAGGCACGGCCAUGCUGCCAGGCUUCUUGCACCGGCUUCUGGCGGAGAUUCGCCUCCUGGUGGAGAAACCCAAGUACAGCAACGUGCUGGCCAGCAAGAGCUUCCGUAUACACGCUCCACCCGCCAAGCCCAACUGCACCGCCUGGCUCGGAGGUGCAAUCUUCGGGGCCCUUCAGGACAUCCUGGGAAGCAGGUCAGUGUCGCGGGACUACUACAACCAGACUGGUCGCAUCCCAGACUGGUGCUGCUUGAGCACUCCUCCUCCUGAGUCUCUGUAUGAAGCAGGAAAGACCCCUCCUCCACUAAUGAAGAGAGCCUUCUCCACAGAGAAGUAGAAUAUACUCUACCAUAACUGAAAUAAUUUACUCUCCUUCUACCUGAUAGAACAGUUCAAUAAUCUUUAACAUAACAUCUCAACACAUAUCUUGUUCAUGUGUUAACAACACAUACACUUCUAGAUGUUUUUAACAUCUAGUAGUCACACCCAGGAUUUUGUACGCCGUGAUUGUGGACUGUUUGAUGAUCAGGGGAGCUGGUUUUUGACCAGGAUUACUGUGUUAAAGGUUCAAAUUAUUUCUGUGUACAUGCAGUCAUGUAUCCUGUCAAAAGUCUCAUUGAGCAAGGCACUUAACCUCUACGUGCCCACUCUCACUCUCAUUCCAGUUUGUUCUAGUUUUUGUGGAAAAACACAUUACGUUCAGUGGAAAUGCUUCAGACGACUAUUAAUGUACAUGGGUUUAGUCAUCCAUUUGUCAGCAGAACAAGAGGAAAUCCCAAGCUUUGGAUAGAGCUGAUGUUGUUUCAUUGUGAUGGAAUCUUACUUUGACAGUAAUGCCCCAUGGAGUUUUUCAAAAAAGAAAAAGUGUUUGAUUUAUUUAUUAUUUGUGCUCAGCCAUGUAAAGUUGUUUUAAACACAUUAAAGGCCUUGCACACUCA